UGAUUUGUAUUGGCUGCAAUGUUUAUGGUCUCCUUCCCAAUGCUGCUUGGUAAAUGUUAAUGCCAAUGGAGUAGUUGUGCAUAAAAAAGGGAAGAUGACAAGCAGAAACAGUCGAUUUCAGAUAGCGAGGAAGUGAUUUUAGUGCCGACCAAUAAAUAACUCAAUAAGAAUAAUUGUUUAAAAAAUGUGAAUAGUCAAACGUAAGCAGCAAAGAGGAGGGGUAAGUGUGUACAGCAAAAGAGUGAAGAGUGAAGAAGAAGAAGAAGGAGCUGGCGAGAGAGAUGGAGGUUCCAGGUGCAGUUGCAGUGUUGAACGAGUGGAGCUGGUGGGACCGCGUCAACAACAACUCUGACUGGCAGAAGGCCAUCUUCUACUUCCUCUGCGCCGCCUACGCCCUCGUCUCCUCCGUCGCCCUGAUUCAAUUGAUUAGAAUCGAGCUGAGAGUCCCCGAAUAUGGUUGGACCACCCAGAAGAUCUUCCAUCUCAUGAACUUCCUCGUCAACGCUCUACGCGCCCUCGUCUUUGGAUUUCACUCCCAAGUCUUCCUCCUCCAUCCCAAGGUGUUGAUUUUGGUGCUCUUGGAUCUUCCUGGCAUCCUCUUUUUCUCUACUUACACACUUCUGGUCCUUUUCUGGGCUGAAAUUUAUCGUCAGGCAAGGAGUUUGUCCACUGAUAAUUUCAGGCUUGUUUAUAUCUCUAUCAAUGCUGCCGUCUAUUUCAUCCAGGUUUGUAUUUGGCUGUACCUCUGGAUAGAUCACAAUAGUGUUAUUGAGCUCGUUGGAAAUAUAUUCAUUGCAGCUGUGUCAUUUAUGGCUGCAUUAGGGUUCCUUAUAUAUGGAGGAAGAUUAUUUUUCAUGUUGAGGCGUUUCCCAAUCGAAUCAAAGGGUAGAAGGAAGAAGCUUCAUGAGGUCGGAUUUGUCACAGCCAUCUGUUUCACAUGUUUUUUGAUAAGAUGCAUCAUGGUUUUUCUGUCUGCAUUUGAUUCAGAUGCAUCUCUUGAAGUUUUGGAUCACCCUAUUUUGGACUUAAUAUACUACAUGCUUGUUGAGAUUCUGCCUUCAGCUUUAGUCCUCUUCAUCCUACGCAAAUUGCCCCCAAAGAGGAUAUCAGCACAAUAUCACCCUAUCCGUUAAUUUCAGUGCAUCUUGAAUCAUUGUUUUGUUCUUUUGUCGACCAAUUAUGAUUUCAUGGCACGUGUGUUGAUGAUAUUCUUUUGCUCUUUUGCCCAUGAAAUAUAGUCUUGUUCAGCAGUUCUUUGUAGAUAUUACUCAGCAGUUGCUGCUUGGGAAGGAUAAUUUAGAUUUUUCUUCAAGAGUCAAGGUGGGUUUGACAUGAGUCCAAAGAAAAGGAAAAAGGCUGGUGAGAGCGGGGUUGUAUGGUCUUGACGCAGAGUCGCAGAGGAGUAAACAAAUAUAGGGAUUUUUAUGUUUUGUUAGUUUGUUGUUGCAGUUUACUUCUCUGAGUUCCUAUUUUGCUACUUUUUCCCUGUUCGAAACAGACUUGCAGUGUUUUAGCCAUUUUUUUCUUCCUUAAAUACGUCAUAGGACGUCUCAUGUAUGACAAAAUAAUACAUGUAUACAACACAAAAGUUGAGCUUAUUGCUUAAUUUGUGUGGUUUGAAUGAA